AUGUCUCAAAUAACAACUGCUGAUUCACGGGAGUCGCGCUUUUCAAAAUACAAACUUAAGGAAGAUUUUUACAAAGAGCCGGAGUGGCUGAGCUCGGGGGGUAACACAUCACUCAUCGGGGGAGCGGGCGCACGAUCAAAGAAGAGAAGCAUACCAACUACUCUCGUUAAAAGAACAAGCAAACUUCUGGGAGAAACAAACGACGACGCCGAUAGUUCAAACCAGCCAGCCCUUCCGUUUCAAUCCGGAGUCCAAAGAAAACGGUUUGCGGAUGGCUCUAUCGCUGCUGACCACGAGACGACACCCAUUGAUGAUUUCCAAGAUCUUCCUCCAAAGCUGUCACUCUACGACCGCAUGAAUAAUGAUGACAGCUCCAGUAAUGUUCUACUGAUCAACAAUCCAGAUUUUGGAAAGUUUGAAUCCGACCCUAAUAGUUACAAGAACGUCUUCAACAGAGUUCAGCGGAGCAGGGUUCCUGUUGGAUCCAGCGAGUCAGGAAACCCGGAUCUACCCUUCUCCGUUGGUAAGGUAGAUUCACUGAACGACAAUGAGAAGGAUGCGGAGCCAACGAUAAGAGAAACUGCGGUCAUAGUGUAUGGGUAUGAUGAUUCGCAGUUCUCCUCGGUCGUCGAGCAGUUUUCAAAAUACGGUACCAUAUUGGAAGAUUUCAACCAGCGUAAGUUUCCGAGUCAAAGCAGAAGCUUCCCCGUGUUCAUCGGUCCGCAGUGGGUGAAAUUCACAUACGACAAUUCGGCUUCUGCAGUGCGUGCCUUGCGUGAAAGCAAUAAACCAGGGGCAUCUGGGUCGGUGAUAGGAGUUGUCCCUUACACAAGAACGUCUUUAGAAAAAUUGCUUGGGUCAUCUAUCCCAGACAGCCAAGACGUUGGAUGUUCUAUGUCGUUGGUUAAGCUUGUGAGCGACCAAAAGUUACCUGAGGUAGAGCUUUCCAGCGUUUUUGCUGUUGAAGGCGGCAAUCAAGAAGAACGUCAAGACGGCAGGUUCAAACUCAAGGAUGGGACUGGCCUUAUCAAUGUUCCAAAAGCUGCAAAAAAGGAAAAGAAGGGGUUUUUGGAGCGUGGCAUGAAGCUUGUAUUUGGAGCAGGAGAAGUUUAG